UCUCUAAGGGCGGACGCAACACACCCUGAAUUGAAUAAAAUCCUAGCUAAACAUUUAACGUCAAUGUGAAUCGGUGUCAGUGCAAUUCGUGACGUCGACAAGCUCGAAGCCCAUAAUACAUACAGCAACUACACGAACACCGAAGACGAACUCGGAACGCGAACAAACAAACAGUGAACUAUGCACUGAGCAAAGUAUUUAACUCGGUUACUGGCUAAAUGCAGCAGGAAGCCUAGCAAAUUACAGUAAUAAUAACGACUCUUAACCAUUCAUAUGUGAACUUGCAACACCGCCAAUGGCUACUGGAAAAUCAUACAAAAUGUUUACACGAGCAGAAUUUUCGUAAAUAUCCACAGUCGUGUGAUUUCCACACACACACACACACACACGGGUGUGUAGCGAGCUUUAACGUUCAAACUGUACUUUGCGCGAAGUGCACGAGCGCGCAGUGAUGCACAGCACGACAUCAUAAGCCAUAUGCAAAUUUGUUAGAAACAAAUAAAUAAAAGGUGUCGUUUGCGCCCGCACACGUUUGCCGCCCACAAGCUAAUUAGAAAGUGAAACAUCCAUAGUUUUAAUAGAGUGAGUUUUUUGCGAUCUUUAGCGGACGCUCUGUAUACGUAUGUGUAUGUGUUGUGACGCGACUUGAACUCGAUACUCCUCACUCAUUGCGACGAUUAAUUAGUAAUUUAUUUGCGCUAUAAUGGAUUUCUAUACGAAGACAGAACGUCGCAACGACAAAGAUGGUGUGCGCAAAAUGGACACACAAUUGGUGUGGGCACGCGAUCCAGUCGAGGGCUAUAUACAGUGUCGCAUCUCGGAGAUCGGUGCUAAGGAGUUCGAGGUGGAACCAGUUGAUCGGAAAUAUCCAAAGCGCUCCUGUCACGUCGACGAUAUAUUUUCAUCGUGCGAUGGGCCUCAAGAUCAUGAUGACAAUUGUGAACUUAUGCUGCUGAAUGAAGCAACUUUUUUGGAUAAUUUAAAAACACGUUACUAUAAAGACAAAAUAUAUACUUAUGUGGCCAACAUACUAAUUGCUGUGAAUCCCUAUCGUGAAAUCAGUGAUCUCUACUCAUCCGCUACAAUCAAGAAGUAUACUGGACGUUCCUUGGGCGAGCUGCCGCCACAUGUAUUUGCGAUAGCUGAUAAGGCCAUACGCGAUAUGCGCGUACUCAAAUCGUCACAAUCAAUUAUCGUAUCUGGCGAAUCGGGCGCUGGCAAAACAGAAUCUACCAAGUAUCUACUGAAGUAUUUGUGUCAUUCCAGCGACAGUGCCGGACCAAUCGAACAAAAAAUUUUAGAUGCCAAUCCCGUGCUGGAGGCUUUUGGUAAUGCGAAAACUACGCGCAACAACAACUCUUCGCGUUUCGGCAAGUUCAUUGAAGUGCACUAUGAUGGCAAGUGUCAAGUGGUUGGCGGCUAUAUUUCCCACUAUUUGCUGGAGAAGAGUCGCAUAUGCACACAGAGUUCAGAGGAGCGCAACUAUCAUGUAUUCUACAUGUUGCUUGCAGGUGCGCCGCAACAGCUGCGCGAUAAGCUUAAUUUAGGCAAGCCGGAUGAUUAUCGGUAUCUCUCCGGUUGUACACAGUAUUUUGCCAAUGCCAAAACGGAACAACUGAUUCCUGCUGCUCAAAAAUCCACAAACCAUGUGAAGAAAGGACCGCUUAAGGAUCCCAUAAUAGACGAUUACAAUCAUUUCCAAAAUCUCGACCGCGCUUUGGGUCGCUUGGGCUUGAGCGAAGUGAAUAAGCUAGAAAUAUAUUCAUUAGUGGCUGCCGUCUUGCAUUUGGGAAAUAUUGCCUUUGAAGAGAUUCCGGACGAUGCACGGGGUGGUUGUCAAGUGUCGGAAACUUCGGAGAAAUCGCUAACCAUCACAUCGAAACUGCUGGGUGUGGACCCUUCAGAACUGAGACAAGCGCUAGUAUCGCGUGUGAUGCAGAGCAAGGGUGGCGGCUUUAAGGGCACAGUAAUUAUGGUACCCUUGAAAAUUUACGAGGCCAGCAAUGCGCGUGAUGCACUUGCCAAAGCAAUCUACAGUCGGCUCUUUGAUCGCAUUGUAGCUUUAAUUAAUCAAAGCAUUCCCUUCCAAGCCUCCAACUUCUACAUUGGCGUCUUGGAUAUCGCUGGUUUUGAAUACUUCACUGUGAAUUCGUUCGAGCAAUUCUGCAUCAAUUAUUGCAAUGAGAAAUUACAAAAAUUCUUCAACGACAAUAUUCUGAAGAACGAGCAAGAGCUGUACAAGAGUGAGGGUUUAAAUGUGCCGGAAAUCACAUUCACCGAUAAUCAGGAUAUAAUCGAUUUAAUCGAAGCGAAGUCAAAUGGCAUUUAUACACUGUUGGAUGAGGAGUCGAAGCUGCCGAAGCCGUCAGCACAGCACUUCACGGCCGAGGUGCACAAGGCGUGGUCAAAUCAUUUCCGUUUGGGUUUGCCGCGUUCAUCGCGCUUGAAGGCGCAUCGCACGCUGAGGGAUGAGGAUGGGUUCCUGGUGCGCCACUUUGCUGGCGCCGUCUGCUACAAUACGGAACAAUUUAUUGAGAAAAACAACGAUGCUUUACAUGCUUCUCUCGAGGGUUUGGUGCAGGAGUGCGAGAACCCGCUGUUAAAAACUCUAUUUCCAUCGGGCAGUAAUACAGCAUUACGUGGAAAACUGAAUUUCAUUUCCGUUGGCUCGAAAUUCAAAACACAACUCGCCGAGUUAAUGGAGAAAUUAGAGAAGAAUGGAACUAAUUUCAUACGUUGCAUUAAGCCAAACAGCAAAAUGAUCGAUCGUGACUUCGAGGGUGGUCUAGCUUUGGCACAACUCAAAUGCUCUGGCACCAUUUCAGUGCUAGAGCUAAUGGAGCACGGUUAUCCGUCGCGCGUACAGUUCGCCGAUCUGUACAACAUGUAUAAAUCGGUUUUACCGCCCGAGUUAGCCAAGUUGCCGCCACGCACUUUUUGCGAAGCCAUGUUGCAAUCACUCAACCUCAGCUCAAAGGAUUUCAAAUUUGGUGUCAAGAAGGUAUUUUUCCGCCCUGGAAAGUUCGUUGAAUUCGAUCGCAUUAUGAAAUCGGACCCUGAAAAUCUGUUGGCGAUCGUGGCCAAGGUGAAGAAAUGGUUGAUACGUUCACGUUGGGUAAAAUCAACGCUCGGCGCGGUGUGUGUGAUCAAACUGCGUAAUCGUAUCAAGUAUCGCAACAAUUGCGUUUUGCUCAUACAACGCACUGUGCGUGGUUAUUUGGCGCGCAAACAGCAUCGUCCGCGUUACCAAGGCAUUGCGAAGAUCAACAAAGUCCGCUUUAAUGCGCAAAAGACUAUUGAAAUUGCUGGUGGAUUGAAGAAGGGUCGCGAUGAGUUUAUAAACGAAGUGAAUGGUAUAAAUCGUCAAGUUGACGAAGCCAUAAAAACAAUCAAGACAAACGAGAAAAUAUCUUCAAGAGAAAUCGAUGGUCUCUUCACCAUCGUUAUGGCCAAUAUGAAUAAGCUCACUGUGGACUUGAACACUAAGUUAAAGGAACAAAAGCAAGCAGAGGAGCAGGAACGUCUGCGCAAAAUACAGGAAGCGCUGGAGGCAGAACGACGCGCCAAGGAGGAGGAGGAGCGAAAGAAACUUGAAGACGAAGAAAACAAACGACUCAAAGCUGAGAUGGAGUCGCGCCGAAAGGCUGAGGAGCUUCAACGGCUUAGACAAGAGGAGGAAGAUCGCCGGGCAGCGUUGGCGUUACAAGCACAACUGGAGAAGGAAGCACAAGACGACGCCAAGUACAGGCAGCAAUUGGAGCAGGAGCGUCGUGACCAUGAAUUGGCGUUGCGUUUGGCCAACGAAACGAAUGGCAUGGUUGAGGACAGUCCACCGGUUAUACGCAAUGGUCAAAGUGAUGUGUCGCCCAUGGCUCCCAACAAACUUAUCAGUUUUACGCGAGGUGUUACAACGUUUGCAUCUCGAUAUUUCAAUAAAUCUGAAAACGUCCGCGCUCAACAACAGGCGUUAGGUAAGCAGAAAUACGAUUUGUCGAAAUGGAAAUACUCGGAGUUACGUGAUGCUAUCAACACAUCCUGUGAUAUUGAGUUGCUCGAAGCUUGUCGUCAAGAGUUCCAUCGUCGCUUGAAGGUCUAUCACGCCUGGAAGGCAAAGAAUCGCAAACGCACCACCAUGGAGGAGAACGAACGCGCACCGAAGAGUGUCAUGGAAGCAGCUUACAAGGCACCACCAUUGGCCCAUCCGAAACAGGAAAUCACUACUGCCCAACACCGUUACUUCCGUAUACCAUUCAUGCGCGCGAACGCGCCUGAAAACACUAAACGUGGCCUCUGGUACGCACACUUCGAUGGACAAUGGAUAGCGCGGCAAAUGGAGUUGCAUGCCGACAAGCCGCCCAUACUGCUGGUGGCAGGCGUGGAUGACAUGCAAAUGUGCGAACUUAGCCUGGAGGAGACCGGUUUGACGCGUAAACGCGGCGCUGAAAUUUUAGACCAUGAAUUUAAUCGCGAAUGGGAACGUAACGGCGGCAAACCAUAUAAAAAUCUGGGUGCUAAUAAUAACUAAAAUAUAACUAGGAAUGUCUCCAACGCCGUACACUGAUACGCGCAGGGAAGUAAGGCAAAGAAAUAUGUGGACUAAUUGAAAACAGUUUAUAAGCGUCAACUAUUAAGUUGAUAUGAUUGAGUAAAUCAAAAGUAGUAAUUAAAUAAAUUAUUACAGAAAUUGUAUGUGUAUUUUUGCAAAACGAUUUUUUAAUAAUCAAACAAAAGAACCGUCAGUCAAUGUGCUUUCAAUGUGUCUACAAGAGCAAGGGAAAUAUAUGUAGCAGUAAUGUUAGCAUUAGAUUUGGGAAAAAGCUUGUUCUUAUCAAAUCAAAAAAUCUAUUAUUAUUAUAGUAUUGUAUGCGUUGCAUGAAAUUAUCAUUUUCAAUGUUUUGCGAAAGAAACGUUUUGUAUUUAAUGCAAAGGAAGUAUCGGAACAACAUUUUUUAGUUUUUGCAAAAAUUAAUUACAAUACUAAAAUAAAAUUAAAAUUUUGCAGAAGUAAGAAAUGAAAGGUGUCCUCAAAUAUGCAACCACAAUAAAAGAAGUAUUUUACAACAAUAAUACUAACAAUUUUUGCGCAGUAUUGAAAAACUUUCGAAAAACUUCGUUGAAAACAUAACUGAGUUAGCUAGAAAUUUAAUGUAUGAAUCACUAUUUAAAGCAAAUUUAUUAAAUCAAAUAUAUAUUAAAAAAUUGAAAUUGCAAAUGCAUUUUACUCAAAUUCGAUUCCUAACUGUAUAAAUGUACUCUAAUUCAAUACCAAUUAAAUUCUAUAAAAUUUCUGUGUCUACAGCCUCAAUACCACAAGUACUAUAAACCUACAUACGCAAUCUACAGAUUCAUAAUUCAGAAAAUUAAAUAAAUUGAUGUGAUUAAUCUUGUUUGUGUACGGCAUGAGUAUACUUAUUGGCAUACAAACAUGGAAAAUAAGUCUUAUGAGCUAUUUGUUUAUUUUACUAACUAACAGUAUACAGAAACUACUAUGUCUUGUUAUGAUUAGCAAAAGUAGAUUGAAGAAAUUAAACAUUAAGAAUGUCUAUUUAUAAUUUUAUCUAUACAAACCGAUAUCUAACAUGAAUAGUAUCUAUGGCAAAUAAAUACUUUAUACAUGAAA